AAACCACAUUUUACUUUCACUUUCACAGCCUUAGGAAAUAAAAUAUCAGAAGUAGGCUAGACUAUGAACCACACAUUGUUUUGGCAUAUCUAAUUUGAAUUUACUUUUACUUAUUAUCUCAACAAACAAACGAAUUAGCAAAUAUGCCCAAACUAACGCUCAUCGGAUUGUACUUUUGGAUUUGUCUGGCGCAAAAGGUGGUUUCCGGAGAGGAUCUUUAUCAUAAAGUGGGAGGUGAGCUGGCGUUGAAACUAGACAAGUCCACAGUGCCUGACUCCAUCACAAGCAUCCUAUGGAAGCAUGGGAAGAACAAGGUGGCAGAGUGGGACAAGGAUUUUGGUGGUAGUCUGGACAUCUAUGCUGCCUUCAAAAAGCGUACAACCCUGGACCAGAAUACUGGAGAACUGAGAAUCAAUGGAUUGAUGACAACAGACAUUGGAGUUUAUUCUGUGGAGUUCAACAGCAAACUGCUUGACAAGACAUAUAAACUAUCUGUUAUCAAGGCAGUCCCCAAACCCACCAUCACUUCUUCCUGUAACGCCAACCUAACCUCCUGCACUCUGACCUGUGAAGGUGACACCACUGAUGCUGAACCCGUGACCUACAACUGGAAAGUGGGAGAGGGGGCGUGGGAGGUCGGAGGAAAACUGUUUAAUGUCUUUAAGAGCGACACUGGCAAAUCAACCAAUGGUUACAAGUACAUCUGCAAGCUGAAUAACGCUGUUAGUGGGGAAGUCAGUGAGCCAGUUGGAGAGGUGUUUGGUCCAGAGCCUUCCAAUACCAGUGCUAUUGUUGGUGGUGUUAUUGUUACCAUAUUAGUGCUUGUUGCCGUCAUAACAGGAAUUUUGAUAUGGGAAAAAAAGACAGAAUAUUCACAAGACACCUGGAUCGAAUUUUUUAGCAAGUUUUUUAGUCGAUUGUGUGUUAAAUCCAGGGAUGGAAACAACCAAACCACAGCUAAAGUCAGUGAUGGAGUCCAGCCAGAACAAGAGACGGUUCGGCUACUGCCUGUCAAAACGGGGAACGAUGACGCAGACAAAUUGCAGGGGAAUGGAGCAGCAGAAAUCAGCGGAUCCAGUUGUCCUAAAGAUGAGUCAAAGCCUGAGGGCAGUGGAGUCCAGCCAGAACAAGUGGGCGAGUCUAAAACGGAUGGCAGCGCUGCACCAGUGGGCGAGGAUGAGUCUAAAAUGGAUGGCAGUACUGCACCAGUGGGCGAGGAUGAGUCUAAAACGGAUGGCAGCACUGCACCAGUGGGCGAGGAUGAGUCUAAAACGGAUGGCAGUACUGCACCAGUGGGCGAGGAUGGGUCUAAAACGGAUGGCAGUACUGCACCAGUGGGCGAGGAUGGGUCUAAAACGGAUGGCAGCGCUGCACCAGGGGGUGACCUAAACGCAGCUGAAAAAGGAGAGGCAAAUGGAGUAGGCGAGUCUAAAACAGAUGGCAGCGCUGCACCAGUGGGCGAGGAUGAGUCUAAAACGGAUGGCAGUACUGCACCAGUGGGCGAGGAUGAGUCUAAAACGGAUGGCAGUACUGCACCAGUGGGCGAGGAUGGGUCUAAAACGGAUGGCAGCGCUGCACCAGGGGGUGACCUAAACGCAGCUGAAAAAGGAGAGGCAAAUGGAGAGGUGUCCGUGCUGCUGAACGAAGACGAGGUGAAGCACGACAAUGGAGAGGGGGCAGCAGAAGAGAAUUCAGCAUUGUAGGACGACAGGGAACUGUGGACCAGAGGUACACAGAGGAUCAUGAAGACAAGAGAACCCACCGUCUCAUCUGGGUUACCAGCACUGGACGACAAGGCAUUCUAACGUUCAGAGAACAUUUCCAUAGCAAUAGACUGGUUGGUGUUCGGUGAAACUGAGGUCCAUUUAUAACAUCACUGGUCCUUUCUAAACAAGUGUGCUUUAUAAAAACAAGGAGUGGGAAAUGUGUAGCAAUAGUUUGACCCCUAGAAGACCUUUUUGAAAUUGAGAAAGUAUAAAAAUGCACAACCCCAACAAAGCGAAGCACCUUUAAAGCAUCAUAUUAAAGCUUUGAUUAGAAAUGAAGCAGCAACAAAUCAUAAACCAACACAAAAUUGGAUGCAAUACGGCUUUCUGUAUCGGAUGUAACCAGCAAUCAAACUAAUAGUCAAUACCGUCAGUAGUCCAAAGGUCAAAGUCAAAAAGAGAUUCAGUUCAACCAAAAAUGUCCUUUAAAUCCAGGAUUCCCAAGAUUCAAUUCAGUUCUUUCCAAAAAAGGUAAAGCCACAAAAAAUAUAAAUUAUAUUCCAAUUGUAAGAGCAGGAGAGUCGAUCAACAAUUCACAUUCAAUCAGAUACACUCAUCACUCCGUGGUGUUGAAUAGAAGUCCUUAAAUCCAGUAAUUUCCCUUUUGAUGGCAAAUAAUCCAUUGGAACAGCUUUAAACUACACCAUUACAGAGCUAUUUUACUUGCAAAGUUUUCAAAAAAGCAUUUCCUCUUUGUUCUUUUUGUUCUUUUUUUUUGCUCUUCCCUUUCCUACACACAUGACCACAUACUUAAAUUGACAGGUAUCAUUUCUGGCCAAUCAACAGAAUAUCCACUCUGUGGCACUUAAAUCAGGGCAAGGAAUACAUGCAUGACCAUUCAUUCUGUUUCGUAUCACAUUUAAUGUGGCAACGUUACACGUGUUACUUUAUUUUAAUCUCGUUUAGUAAGUAAUGUCCAAAGCUGCCGCUUCUACUCUGCAUAUUUCUGAGCUUCCACCUGUCCUCUCUUCUAUUUCAUAACAAAAUGAUUGCUAGCAAGUGUUAUGCACAUGUCAAGAUAAAGCAGAGGAAUGCCCAUGCCCUGUACAUACCUUAGGCCUACUGUAUUUUAACUGAAUUAUUUGCAUGAUUAUAUUGACAUGAUAAUUUCCCCCUGUUGUACAUUAAUCCUAGUGUAUGUGUGGUGUGUGUUAUGUAUGUAAGUAUUUUGUAUAAAAGCCUUUAUAUAUUUUGCAAAAAACAUUCAGGCCAAAUAUAUUUAAAUAUGAAAUUAACAAGGGGUGCUGCGGAGAACUUUUGUCAG